GACAGCUAAAUCUGGAUGUGACUUUACUAACGAAAUGUUUUGCCUUUUGCUAUUAAUUCUACCUGUGACUGAGUGUGCUUUGCAACCACACGUAGUUGAUGGUAGCAAGGCACCUAUAAAUAAAUUUCCAUAUUCUGUAUUUUUGUUAAUAGGCGUAAAUGGUGCUGUGAUUUGUGGAGGCUCAAUACUAAACCAAAGAUUAAUUCUAACGGCCGCACAAUGCUUUGAAGGUGUAAAAAUAGAAACAGAUAUAAUUCCGUAUGCAGGAAGCGCACGAAAACUAGUAGGAAAGGAGUAUACAACAUUGAGAUACGCAAUUCAUGGAGCGUUUUUUGAACAUACAAUGGCUAACGAUAUUGCUUUAGUUCUUUUGGAAAAGUCAUUGCAUUUAGGGGAGGAUAUGCAAAGAAUAGCUGUAUAUAGAAUUCCACCAGUUAGGACAUUUGCGGUAGUUGCUGGAUGGGGAUAUAUUAAUGAGGUAACCGGAGAACAAACAGAAUGGCUACGUAAAACGAGGCAAAAAAUAUGGACCUAUCAAGAGUGUAGAAAAGUUGUUACAGGAAUUCCAAAGGGUUCCUUAUGUGGUGGCGAUCUUCAGAAUACAGGGUAUCCCUCCAUCGGAGACUCUGGAAGCGCUCUAGUCGUCGACAAAUACAUUCAAAUCGGACUAGUCUCUUUUAAAAGACCUCAAGUUACAAAAAGCCUUGUGGCUUACACAAACAUAUCCUACCACUAUAACUGGGUAGUUUCCACGGCAAGAAAAUUAUAUUGUAAGAAGAAAAAACAAACUACGAUAUGGGAGCCAUGGAUGGAUGGAUGGGAGAGGUCUCGCUCCAAUCAAUAGCUUACUUUAAUAAAUAAUGAUGUUUUUUGGCUUUU